AUGGUCACCACCAGCCAUCCGUUGUCCAGCUCUUUUUUCAGCGUAGCCGUGCCGUCCGUGGAACUGUUCCACGCGGCACCGAAAAAGGACUGCACGCCGCAAUCGGCCUCCUUGGAAUCGAACAGGUGCGCGUUCACAACAUACUUGUACUUGGAAGAUGUUUGCGUCAGCUUGGCCAGCACAUUCUCAACGUAUUCGGGAACAUCGCCCUUAAAAAGCCGAAUUGCUCUGCCUACCAGGGUCGAACCUAAGGUGUUUUUCGCCAACGAGAGAACAUUCCUCUCGUGGCUGAACCUCACCGUGGUUCUUGGAUCGCUGGCCAUCGGUCUUCUCAACUUUGGGGAUAAAGUGGGAAGAAUCUCGGCCUCGCUAUUUACGCUGAUUGCCAUGGGCACCAUGGUUUAUGCGCUGGUCACGUACCAUUGGAGAGCAGCUGCCAUCAGAAGACGCGGGUCUGGGCCUUACGACGAUCGGUUCGGCCCUACGAUGCUUUGUUUCUUCCUGCUAAUUGCUGUGAUUGUGAACUUUGCGCUGAGAAUAAGGGCAUAG